AAGUAAACAAAGAAAAGGCGGAAGAACCGUUAGCUUUCCUCCCGUGUGUCUGAGCACGAAGUGUGUGAGCUGCGGCAGCAACGAUGCCUUCAGUUCAGUAUCUGAGAGAGUUUAUCAACGAGCGACUAACUGCUGCUGCUGAACAAAUAUUCUUGGAGUUUGAAAAAACGAUCGUCCAGUACGAGGAAGAGAUCGACCGUCAGCGCAGACUGCUGGAUAUCACCUGGAAACCCCAAAUCAAGCUGCACAGGACAGAUGUCCCACUGCAGCCUGUCUGUGAGGAGGAGGUUCUCCCUGAGCUGCAGCUCUCUGACCAGGAGAGGAGCUCCAGUGUGGACCAGGAGGAACCAGAACCUCCACAGAUCAAAGAGGAACAGGAGGAACCAGAACCUCCACAGAUCAAAGAGGAACAGGAGCAACUGUGCAGCAGUCAGGAGGGAGAGCAGCUGGGACUGAAGGAGGAGACGGACACCUUCAUGGUGACUGUUGCUGAGGAAAGUGACCACAGUGAACCAGAAGCAGACCGUGAACAGCUUCCAUCUCUCAGCUCUGAUAACUUUUUUUGUACCAAACCAACAGACACGGAAGACAUUAGAAUUUUUUUCCAGUACAAAGAAGACAUCAACCAUCAACAAAGGCAGUUGGCUGUCAACUGGAAACCAGAAAUAAAGCUCUACAGAAUAGACGACCCACAGCAGCACGUCUGUAAGGAGGAGGAGGAGGUUCUCCCUGAGCAGCAGCUCUGGAACCAGGAGAGGAGCUCCAGUGUGGAGCAGGAGGAACCAGAAGCUCCACAGAUUAAAGAGGAACAGGAGAAACUGUGCAGCAGUCAGGAGGGAGAGCAGCUGGGACUGAAGGAGGAGACUGAUACCUUCAUGGUGACUGCUGCUGAGGAAGGAGAGCACAGUGAACCAGAAGCAAACACUGACCAGCUCCCCUCUCACAGCUCUGAUAUUUUUGCGUUUCUUCAGUCCAAAUCUAAAGAAAUAUUUGAAGUUAUUAAUAAUUCUAUCCAGUACGAGGAAGAGAACGACCAUCAGCACAGACUCAUGGAUGUCAGCUGGAAACCCGAAAUACAGCUUCACAUUACAGACGUCCCACAGCAGCCUGUCUGUGAGGAGGAGGAGGUUCUCCCUGAACAGAAGCUCUGGAAGCAGAAAAGGAGCUACAGUGUGGACCAGGAGGAACCAGAACCAGAGGGAGAGCAGCUUGGACUGAAGGGGGAGACUGAUACCUUUGUGGUGACUGCUGCUGAGGAAGAAGACCACAAUGACCCAGAAGCAAACACUGACCAGCUUCUUUAUCACAACUGUCCUAUAAAUGAGAGCCAAAAUCAUGAAGGAAGCUGGAAUUUAGAUUCAGGGACAAAUAGUAACUCAGAGAGUCGGUGUAACUCUGACACGGGUAAAAAGUCCUUAACGUGUGAUUUUUGUGGAAAAUCCUUUAA